UAACCCAUGACCAAACCCGUGUCUUGUUUCCCAAGUUUAUCUUAAAGAAACAUCUUUAUAUUCUCUCUCUUCUCUCUCUCUCUCUCUCAUUUGACCGCCCACCGAAAAUCAAGAGUAAUUGAUUUGAAGAGAACAUCAAAUAUCUAGGCCUCCCUAGCACUCGUCAAACUCGUUGUGUCCGCACCUUAGAAUCUCCAGCUUCAGUUCAACUUCAUAUAUAUAUGUAUAUAUAUUAAUUUGUAGCCCAUUAGAAAUUACGUUAUCUAUAUUGUUAAUCUGUGUUUGUCUGGUUUAUUGAGGGAGUAAUUGGUUUUUGAGGUUACCCAUUUUCGAUUCUAAUCGAUUGGAGCAUGAUUUUUUCGAGGAUUGGCCGUUCCUUGUCACGGUCAUCUCGUGCCAGAAAUGCCAUAUAUGGAGUUAAUGAUGGGUGGUCGAUUUGUAUGAAUGAAGCGUUUCUUCGAGAUCGUCAAGUGAACACGUAUCUGAGUCGAUUCGAUGGCAAAUUAGGGUUUUUGAGGGGGUAUUUGGCUUCAGUAGGAGUUAACAAGGAGUUCAUUCCGAAGGGGUAUAUAUCCGAUUUAAAUUAUGUUCUUGCAAACCCUAGAAUACGUAGAUUUUUCUCCAGCGAAGCUCCUAAGAAGAAGAGUAAGAGUUCCGAUGAAGUUAUGUUUUCUUUAUGCAUUUGAAUUGUAUUUCAAGCUUGUCGUUAUUUUCUUUAGCAUUUCCAACUCUAAUUUGCAGAUUAUGAGAAUUUUACCCCAAAAGAAAAGAAGGAAAUUCCAAAAGGAAAUGAGCAGAAAUCGGAGUCCAAAGGCUAGUUUUUUCACUUCUCAGUUUUUAAUAUAAGACAAAGAAAAAAGUGAUUCAGAGCAUUCAAAGAAGAAGAAUCGUGCAGUGAGAACUUAAUCCACCAGAAUAAAUCUGCGAAAUCCAACAUUUCUGACCCAUUUUUAUUCCUAUUUUUUCAGAGGAUACAAACACAGAUGAUCAUGGAAAUUUUCAAGAAUCAUUUUUAAAGCGUUUUCAACAUCUAAUCACCCCUUUAUUAGUGAUUGGGUUGUUUCUCUAUUCAUUUCCAUUUGGUCCUCAUGAACAACAACAGGUAGGUAUAUGCUUGAAAAUGUCUCAGUACUUGGUAUUCUUACUUGUAUGGGGCUUUGAAACUUGUAGUUACUCACUACCUUAAUGGUGAAGUGACAUUGGUGAUGGUGUGGUUCUGCUUCCCACAUCAAACUGAUUAUACACAUAUAGGACACUAGUGUGUAUGUUAGGCAGUGAGGUGGUGAAGUUUAGUUUUGGCAAUGACAUGGUUUAUAUCCUUGAUCAUUAUAUUGUAACUUUUGUUUGUAUUAUUUUGAACAGCAAUCAAGGUUUUCUUAUGGCUUAAUCUUUAUUUUUAUAUUUGAUCUUUACAUUUGGAAUGUGAUUCUUUGCAGAUCAGUUUCCAAGAGUUCAAAAAUAAGCUUCUGGAACUAGGUCUAGUAGACCAUCUUGUUGUUUCUAAUAAAUCAGUUGCCAAAGUAUAUGUGAGAAGCUCACCGCGCAAUCAAACCAGCAAUGAUGCUGUUGACGGACCAGAGGUCCUAGGACCUGUUAAUAGUACUCCUGUAAGAGGGAAGACAAGUGAGUAUAAGUACUAUUUCAACAUUGGAAGUGUUGAAUCUUUUGAGGAGAAGUUGGAGGAAGCCCAGGAAACAUUAGGGAUAGACCCUCAUGACUACAUUCCUGUUACUUAUGUUUCUGAAAUGAUGUGGUUCCAAGAAUUAAUGAGAUUUGCGCCGACACUACUGAUUUUGGGAUCCCUGAUGUACAUGGGAAGGAGAAUGCAAGGUGGAUUUGGUGUUGGAGGUGGUGCUGGAAAGGGUGCCCGUGGGAUAUUUAACAUAGGAAAAGCUCAAAUUACAAAAGUGGAUAAGAAUGCGAAAAACAAGAUCUAUUUCAAAGAUGUAGCUGGUUGUGAUGAAGCAAAGCAGGAAAUCAUGGAGUUCGUGCAUUUCCUCAAGAACCCAAAGAAAUAUGAGGAGCUGGGGGCAAAAAUUCCAAAAGGUGCUCUAUUGGUUGGCUCUCCAGGCACGGGUAAAACUCUUUUAGCCAAAGCAACUGCAGGGGAAUCUGGUGUGCCUUUCCUAUCGAUAUCAGGUUCGGAUUUUAUUGAGAUGUUUGUUGGUGUUGGGCCUUCCAGGGUGAGGAACUUGUUUCAGGAGGCAAGACAGUGUGCACCUAGUAUAAUAUUUAUUGAUGAGAUCGAUGCAAUAGGUCGAGCAAGGGGACGUGGGGGCUUCUCAGGUGGCAAUGAUGAGCGUGAAAGUACUUUGAACCAGUUGCUUGUUGAAAUGGAUGGGUUUGGGACCACAUCUGGAGUUGUUGUUCUUGCUGGCACUAAUAGACCUGAUAUUUUAGACAAUGCUCUUUUAAGGCCUGGUCGAUUUGAUCGACAAAUUACCAUAGAUAAACCUGACAUCAAAGGCCGAGAGCAGAUAUUUCAGAUCUAUUUGAAGAAGAUCAAACUUGAUCAUGAACCUUCAUAUUUCUCUGAGAGACUUGCAGCCCUUACUCCUGGAUUUGCAGGGGCAGAUAUUGCAAAUGUAUGUAAUGAAGCUGCAUUAAUUGCAGCAAGGCGUGAGGAAACACAGGUGACAAUGGACCAUUUUGAUGCAGCCAUAGAUAGGAUAAUUGGUGGUCUAGAGAAGAAGAACAAGGUAAUCAGCAAAAUUGAACGCCGCACUGUAGCUUACCACGAAUCAGGUCAUGCUGUUGUUGGCUGGUUUUUGGAACAUGCUGAACCCUUGUUGAAGGUGACAAUUGUUCCUCGCGGUACUGCAGCACUUGGAUUUGCCCAAUAUGUACCUAAUGAGAACCUUCUCAUGACCAAGGAGCAGCUUUUUGAUAUGACAUGCAUGACUCUUGGUGGUCGGGCUGCUGAACAGGUUAUACUGGGAAAAAUUUCAACAGGAGCCCAAAAUGAUUUGGAGAAAGUGACAAAAAUGACAUAUGCCCAGGUAGCAGUCUAUGGCUUCAGUGAGAAAGUGGGUCUUCUCUCUUUCCCUCAAAGGGAUGAAUAUGAGAUGAGCAAGCCCUACAGCAGUAAGACGGGGGCAAUUAUUGACAGCGAAGUACGAGAAUGGGUAGCCAAGGCAUAUGAUCACACGGUCCAACUGGUAGAAGAACACAAAGAGCAAGUAGCUCAGAUUGCUGAGCUGUUGCUGGAGAAGGAAGUUCUUCACCAGGAAGACUUGGUCCAAGUUUUGGGUGAGAGGCCCUUCAAAUCAAGUGAGGUAACAAAUUAUGAUAGAUUUAAGCAAGGGUUUCUAGGGGAAGAUGAGAAGAGUGGCCAAAUUGUGGAGGGACAGCCUGCAGAAGAUGAUGACUCAUCAACCCUUCAUCCGGAAGUGGUUCCCACUUAAUUUUGCAGACAUUGUUGCUGAUUCUGUAAUAAAUUUAAAUAUUUCCCCUCUAUUUUUCCUUUUUUGCCGGACAAUGGACUGUACAAUAGUCGGUCAUACAAUUGUCUUUCUUACAUAGAGUUUAAUUCUUUCUUCAAAAGUUGUCUAGAGAGAGAGGGAAAAAAAAAAACUCUUACAAGCAAAUUAUCAGAUGGCUAUAUUGGUGCAUUUUUGACGAAUGUUGUGGCCCGUUAGUGU